AUGCCUUCAAUUCCUCUAAACAUUUUCAGUUCCGCAGAGGAAUUUAAAGUUCACACUAAAAUAUACCCUCUUGUUCCUGGCUUCGUUUCAGUCGCAUGGUAUAUCGAAAUUCCAAAUCUGAAAAGUCAUGUGCCUGAGAUCAGAAAGUCUGGAGAUAGCACGGCAAUUGAGGCUACUCAAAGCGUAAAACGCCGUGGGCAACACAUUCUUAUCAGCGAGCACGGUAUACUGUUAUUAUCAGGUGUACUUUGUGAUCGUCAGAAAAUGAUACUAUCCACCGAAGAAGGCAGUGUACUGGACAUGCUCGACAAGGACGAACUUGUAGUUUCCAAAGAAGUUGGGAUCGUCAAGGGACGCCAGAUUCUUUAUUUUAGAAGGACCUUUGAACGCCUCCAUGUAUCUAAAGAGAUGAACAAAGAUCAUACAACGUACAUCGAUCAUGUUACUCUUGAUCUUAUCGAUGCACGCUGCUUUGAAUUGAAACAGUCUCCACGGCGGGCUACACAUAGACAACCUUCUGAUUUCAACAAGAGGAAAAGAACUAGGAGCGUAGAUUCAUACAGGAGUUCGCGGAGCAAUCGUAGUUUCUACAGGGAAUACAACGAAGUACCUCCUGUGAAACAAGAAAAAAUUCUAUCUGCAACGCCCAAAUCACACAAAUCUACAGAGCAGCACAUCUCUCAAGCUCCAGUCGAACAAGAGCAUCCUACAAUGCAACUGAAUCAAGAGAACCUUAGUGCACUUUCCGAAGGACAUAAUAGCCAAGCCGGUCCGCGUACUCAUAGAAGUAGCCGUUCAACCUCAGGUCUCGAGCGCAACCACCACAAUGGCGUCCAAAUUAUGAAAUCUACAGAUGGAACCAGUGAAGUUAAAGCAGCACCUAGCAAAAGGUCUCAUUCGAGAACAGGGAGAGUGAUACCUUUAUAUACCGCAGAGUCAGAUCCUGGUCUCGACCCAGAAUUUGCUUCUCAGCGUUCCGAUAUGAGUUCGUCGAAUCCAGGCAGGCGGUCAUUGAUUGCACCAUCAACUUCCAGAUCUUCCGAUACAAGCUCCCUGUCCAGAUCAGGAGGUAAGCUUAAUCUAAAUGUAACAGGUCGCAAUUUUCAUGUGCUUGACGGGUCGGGUCGAACGCAUCCAGCACCAUCAUCUGACGGCGACAAUGAAACGCUGUUACACAUCAAAAUAACGAAACCGAAGAAACGGUCCAGAACCAAGCACACCGCUGGCAUGGUUGUUUGA